CAACAAGACAAUACUAACCAACAGCAGAACGAACAUUGAGGUGCCGAAGACUUGAGCUCUCACCUACAAGUCAGUCAUUCGUUUACCUUCUCAAAUGGCAACUCAAGCGCUCGAGUCGCGCUUUGAGCGCAUGUCUGUCAACGAUGAAAAUGAUCCUGGUGAUGGAAGCAAAUAUCAGAAAUCUAAGAUGACAAGUAGCAUUACUUCCGCCCAACUGUCACAGAAUGCGAGUCGAGCCAAUCUAUUAAAGAUCGCGCUGCAAAAUCAAAACACUACAAGCACUAUCGUUACUGUUCCCUCCCAGGCAUCACAAUGGCGUUCCUCGAACAUGCCGAAUGGAGCAGGAUCUCCGUCAAGGAAACAGAUGUCGAGCUCAAUGCGAGGAUCGGACGAGUUGACACGAGUCGAGCGAAAAUCGAAUCAGCUCUACGAUCAACCUGCACCACCAAAACAAUUCCAUCUCGGCAUGUUCGAAAUCGGGCGACCUCUAGGGAAGGGAAAGUUUGGUCGUGUAUAUUUGGCUCGAGAACGUAGCUCAGGCUUUGUGUGUGCUCUGAAAGUUCUUCACAAGAACGAGAUUCAGCAAGGCAAGGUCGAGAAACAAGUCAGGAGGGAGAUUGAGAUCCAAAGCAAUCUUCGACACCCGAACGUAUUGCAACUCUAUGGACACUUUCACGACAGCAAGAGAAUUUUCCUGAUUCUUGAAUUUGCCGGAAAGGGAGAGUUGUACAAACACCUACAACGAGAGCACCGGUUUCCAGAAUGGAAAGCAGCACAAUAUAUUGCACAAAUGGCUGCUGCCCUCAAGUAUCUCCACAAAAAACAUGUUAUGCACCGGGACAUCAAACCAGAAAACAUCCUUGUGGGUAUUCAUGGCGAGAUCAAAAUCUCAGAUUUUGGAUGGAGUGUUCAUGCACCAAACAAUCGACGAAAUACCAUGUGUGGUACUCUUGACUAUCUGCCACCGGAGAUGAUCAAGCCUGGAAGUCAAGACAACUUCUAUAAUGAGAAGGUGGACUUGUGGAGUUUAGGUGUUUUAACCUACGAGUUCUUGGUUGGAGAGGCACCGUUUGAGGACACACCUGUGAUGACACAGAGGAGGAUUGCUAGAGGAGAAAUGACAGUUCCAAGCUUUGUUAGCCCUGAAGCGAAAGAUCUGAUCAAGAGACUUCUUGUCUUGGAUCCAGAGAAGCGGAUACCUCUAGAUCAAGUUCAAAAGCAUCCAUGGAUUAUCAAGCAUUGCGUGAGAGGGGAGCGUGCUAGUCAAAGAGACUCGAAGUCAACCGGAAGUAAAUCAUCAGCGAGUGAGAGGGACGAAUAACGAAUUCAUGACCAACGGUUGGCGUUUAGGUGACAUAAGUAUCAGAAAGCUGGGGGCAUUUUGGGAGUUGGGAGAUCAUUAUAUUCCUUGUACGCCUACGCUGAACAAUAUAUUCGUGACACAAAU